UUAGCUCUUGAAUGGCACUGUAACAUCCGCCUGCGUCAUAAUCGUCGAUAAACAUUCUCGAACAUUUCUUUGUGGCGUCUCGUGCGAAGCACUCGUAUAUAGUUACAAUUGUUUUUAUCAAGUAGCGCGAGAUAUUAUUGAAAAGAGUUCACAGCAAUAGUCGCAUGUCAGUCCAGAACCUCCAGAGCGUUGACCCCUUUGCUGCUGCAAGUGAGGGACUCAAUGAAGGCGCACAGGGCGGCCUGAUCCACAUCCGCAUCCAGCAGCGGAACCGCAGGAAGACGCUCACCACGGUACAGGGACUCCCCGCCGAAUAUGACCUGAAGAAAAUCGUCAAAACAUGCAAAAAGGAGUUUGCGUGUAACGGCACGGUGAUCGAGCACCCGGAGUACGGCGAGGUGCUCCAGCUGCAGGGCGACCAGCGCGAGAACAUCUGCCAGCUGCUCACCAAGUACGACCUGGCCACCAGCUCGCAGCUCAAGGUGCACGGAUUCUAACCAGCCGCCGCACCAGCCGCCAGCCAUGCCGUCUCGGUGUGGCGUCGCGCCCCGGCCGUCGUCGGUUUUCUCAGUACAAGGCGUUCUGUAAGGGGCCGAGCGGUGGCGCCACCACCGCGCGGUCCCCGCCACCGGCCCGUUUUGCGCCGCGCGAUUCCCCGUCCCUCCCCCUCUCUUUUAAAGUUGCUGCACCGCGCUCUUUUAUGUGAGGUCCGUUGCCGCGCACUUUGGCCUUGUCGCGUGGAAAGCGUGCCGUCGUCGUAUCCCCGUUCGGACGCGUUACACCAAUAAAUGGAGCUUCUCUGGUGAGGGAGA